AUGGAACAUGGUCACGCUCAUCCUUCCCAUCUCCCAUCUCCUGCGACCGUCGCGGGCCAUGACUCCAACCGUCAACAAACACCUAACCGCCCGCUAUCCUUCCUUGGUGUGACCAAUACAUCCUCGCCAUUACGAAGAUCACCACAGACCCCCUUCGAGACGCCCUUGAGCUUACCGCAGAGACGACUACAGUUACGAAAUGCUGGUUUCCGAGCACCCCGGUUGCCAAGUCACCGAUUGAGCACCAGAUUAUCGAAAUGGUUCUCGGAUAAAGACGAUCACAAAAGCCGGCGCCAGAAAUCACCGGCGCGCAAGCAGGAGAAUAGCCCACCUACGGUCAGACGGCGAGCUCCACAAGGUGGCAAUACCCCCAGCAGCAUUUUACAGGAGAUCACAAACUCCACCCGAAGCAGACCUUCAGUGAGGAGCACAUUUGGAUCAAUCUACGAAGACGGUCAAGACGACUCACCCGCCCAUUCGUGGUAUCACGACGCUCCUAGCACACAACAGUCUCCAAUCACACUUAAUCCUGUCCAUGCUAAGCCGAAUGACAUGAAGCUCCGCGAGAUCAGUGGCAAUGCCAGGCGGAGUCCACCGCCGCCGAGUUCACUCUCAGCACGGCAGGUACGAGGUCGCAGCAAGAGGGGUCUCAACUUGCACAAAACAAGUUUCCCGGCAUCAGAACACAUCGUCUUCCUGGAGACCCAACUGGAGGAGUUUGAAAGAUCGCAAUACUCGCCAAACACUGGCUUGCCUCUGAAAGACAAAGUCAGUGCGCUGACAGCAGAGAACAAUCGGCUUCAGGAAAUGCUUGCAGAGCUUGAGCAUCAAUUCGAGACACGAUUGAGGGAUUCUGUGGAGCACAAGACUGGUCUAGAAAUGAACCUAAGGAGAAAAAUCAAGCAAUUGGAGGAGGAGAUUGACAUCAAAGACAGCACGAUUCAAGAUCUAGAAGAUCGAAACAAUGCCUCUCAGCGCGAUCUGUCUAAUGCCAAUUCUUGGAAAGCUGCCGUUGAGAGAUUGGAAUCGGAAAAGAGGGAUCUGGAAGAAACCAGUCGGAACCUGGAAAAGAGGAACGACGUCCUUACAGAGCUCUUAGGCCAGUCGCCGACGAGGUCACGUCCCGAAUUCGAGUUUCCGUCGCCUGUCAAAGAGCAGCACAGGAGGACACCAAGGCCAAGAUCGAUGAUGCCUCGAAUUCCCUCUUCUCCAGCUCGCAGUGAAUUGAAGAGACGCCGGUCAUUGCAUACGUCUCCUUCCCCCUUCCAGCAUGAUUACUUUAGCCCGCUCUCUGCCCUUAUCAGAGAACAUGAUCAUCCAUGCCAUGACGAGAACGUCGACCCACAAAAGAGCCGUGAUGACUUCCAGUCUGUCGACUCUGGCCUAGGCGAUUCAUGCUCUGUCCGUUCAGGCAAUGGAACUAUGUCCAAACGAUCCUCUAUGCAUUCAUACGCGUCUGCCAGCCCGGCAGCGUGGGGCCUGCCCUUGCCUCCAUCUCCAACGGACGACGUUACAGAGAGAUCCAGCCGGAGGAGGAAGACUCGACGUUUCGCAUCGGGCUCUACUCAGCUCAAGUCUCUUGUUCUGCCAACGUUGAAUUCGACCAACAGUUUUCCUCAGUCCGCUCCUCUGGUAGAGUUUAAGUCUAGUCCAGAGCGUCGCGAUGUCUCAGAACAUUCAAUCGACCCCACCAUUGCGUUCCUGUCCCAGCAUUAUGAUACUCCAACUCAGCCAAUGCGAAGAUCUCAUGCUUGGGCCGCGGAAGAUGCUUUGAAUGCUUUAGAAGGCACUGCUGAAGCUCGCUUUGUCAGCCUUGACGAGAAGAUAGCUGAUCAAAAAUCCUUACCUUCGACACAUGAGACUGCCCUGACCUUCCAAGAUCGGCAAGCAUACCCUGACUACAAUGCCGACUCCACUCCUUUUGCUCCGAGCUUGAUCGAUGAAGUGAUCAUGGAAGAAGGUUCCACAGCAUUCUUGAGCAACCAGUUUCAAGAUGCUGGAGAUCAAUCAUUCUCCAGCUUGGCAGGAGAGGUAUCGAUGACCGAAUCUGAUAUCGAUGGGGCGCAGGCUGAGGAACAGAUCUUGACGACCCGGUUCUUAGAAUGGGAGCUACCACAUCCGGUCAGCAUUCAGCUGCCGAAUCUCUCUGAAGCGCCGUAUUCUUUGGAGCGCAACACGGACCAGAACAAUAGUCUAGAGGAUCUUGGUGACUGCAAACCAGUUUCGGAACCAGACUUUAGUGCUGCGGUCAGUGUUGAACAAGAGUUUGCGAACCCUUUGGUAUCUCCCUAUCCUCCACCGACCACCAUCGUGCGGCACACUAAAGCAUCCCAUUCCGGAGAACGAGGGUUGGAUCACCAAGACGAGCAAGAAGACGCACAUCCUCAAACCUCUUUAAUAGCGUCUUCGUCUGGAAAGUUGGCUGAAAUACGGAGGCAUAGCACCAGCAUUGGCCUCCAAUCGACAGAACUGACGAUGCCCAAUCCCCUCAAAACUGCAUCCUCACAACCAAUCUGCAAGAGACCCAAACGCCCGAAGAGCCCUCUCGAAGUCUUGCAACGCAAGGGCAGACCCACAAUCCCCAUGACCUCACUGAACAACCGAACCAUAUUUGGGACCAUAUCACGCUAUACAUCCUACAUGCGCGAAAUCCGCCGCGAUCCAACCGCUCUCGCUCGUCGCGUAAUAGCCAAUGCUUGGUGCAGUAAUUGGAAACGGCUUGGCAAGCUUAGCUGGUGGGUACUGGGAUUGUUUCUUGGGCCUGGUUGGAAGCAGAAGAUAAAGGAGAAGACGGAAGGUUGGGAGGUGUAUGAUGGCGAGAACAUUGCGGAGGUGGAACAUGAGCGUCUGAAUGGUCGCGAUCUCGAUACGCCUCAAAGAUCCUGCAGAUCAUUAGAAACAUUAGCACGUCAGUCGACAAGAGCGCAACAGAAGAAAAGGGUGGAGUUUGAUGAUGGCAGAGGAGUACCACGUCCACCACGACCCGAUGCCGAAGAUGCCCAGCAUCAGAAAUGCAAAACUUGUGAGCAAAGAAGCAAGAAAGUAUCCUGGGGUAAGUCGCUCUAUCUUUGGGGUAAGUUUAGUGUCGCUAUCAUGCUUGCCGUGGGUGGAGCUGUCAUCAAAGGGCCGGAAGAAAUGAUGAAGGAUUGUGAUCUGCAUGGGGAUGCUACAGAGGAGACCCUUCAGGAACAUGUCCGAGACGCGCAUGAUAUAACUGAAUCAGAUCACAACUAUUCUCUAGUGCUCCAGAGCGACUAUGGCUACCCAGAAGGAGACGACGACGAAGAUGAUAAUGAGACCACCGACUCGAGUUUGCCCCAUUCCUCCCAAACCCAGCCAUCGAACCAAGCAAUCCUCUCGCUCUCCCAGCACCCGCCUUUGCAUCUGCGAACCCACCCGAGAGACAACUACUACACCUUCGGCGUCCCCUCCACAUCAGAAUACGGCCAAAUCGACGACAACGGCCAGUGCAGACCUAGCAGGAAUCGUGUCUCCCACCAUCGUCGCCGACUGCCACCUCGGUUCUUCGAUACCAGAUCUCACGACGACGAUCUAGGAACGCUGCGAUGGAUGCAGAGUCUGCGUGUGAGGGACUUUCAGAGUUGGGAGCCCAUGGAUGAGGUCGGCCAUACGGAUGUGGAGAGCACCAUCAGGGUCAUGCCGAUUCGAGGCCAAUUGAGGAAGAGGGUGCGGUCGUUGUCGAGUUGA